UGAACCAAUUAAAAAAAACAAAAAAAGAACUGCUUUACUCUUUUGUAACGGGUGACUGUAGAGUACUCACAGCUCAUCUACAACUACAAGCGUAGCGCGAAAGCAAAAAGAGAGGAAUGGCUACUACAAACAGUUCCACAUUUAAGAUAAUAUUGGGUUCAUCAUCCAUGGCCCGCAGACAAAUUUUGGCCGAGAUGGGAUUUGAGUUUACAGUGAUGAUUGCAGACAUAGAUGAGAAAGAGCUUAGGAGGGAAAAGCCAGAAGAUUUGGUAAUGGCUCUAGCUGAAGCAAAGGCAGAUGCCAUUUUAUCAAGGCUCCAACAUACUAGUCAAUUUGAAGAGGAUGCUCAUGCAACACUGUUAAUUACUGCAGAUACAGUGGUGGUGUAUGAAGGGAUAAUCCGGGAAAAACCAUCCAGCAAGGAAGAAGCACGGGAGUUUAUCAAAGGAUAUUCUGGUGGUCAAGCAGCAGUGGUAGGAUCUGUUCUUGUAACCAAUCUUAAGACUGGAAAAAGAAAAAGUGGAUGGGAAAGAGCAGAGGUUUAUUUUUAUAACAUACCAGAUGACAUAAUUGAUAUCCUGAUUGAGGAGGCAAUUACACUCAAUGUUGCUGGGGGUUUGAUGCUGGAACAUCCACUGAUAUCGCCUUUUGUGGAAGCAGUGGUAGGGACAACUGAUACCGUGAUGGGACUUCCUAAAGCUCUCACAGAAAAAGUCAUACUGGAAGCCCUAUAGCUUGGGGUGGUUGUAGCAAUGUAGUUCUAUACUAACUUUCUUGCGUGCUGGAGCUGAAUCUGUUACAUGUUCAACCAUCAUUUCAAACUUCAAAGUUGUGGGCUUGAAUCACAUUCUUCUAGUCAACUGCAGAUCGUUUGGCCAUCAAUUUUUAGCCAGAGUUCUAUUUAAAUUUUCAACUGGAAGUCUGGAACACAUUGGCUUUACUAUCACCCAUUAUAAACCCUUCAUAUCAUGUAUCUUCAUAAUAAAAGUUGGGUUUUUAAGUCAUAA